AAAGCAGUGAACAUCAGAGAAAUAAUAUAAAAAAAUGAAACCAUUUCAAAAAGUAUUUUAUUUAACUGCCAUAGUAGCUUUAGGAUCCCAUGUUACAGCCAUACCUGUUGAUCCAUCAUUGUCUCUGGACAAUAACGAUGAAGCUACAAAUCGGGAAAAUGAACAAACAGAAGAUCAGAAAUCACCGCCUACUUCAAGUCCAGUCUCUAAUUCUGAUAAGGAUUUAGAAACCUCUAACUCAAAUCAAGAAACAACAUAUGUGCUACCCGAACAUCAUUCAUCUGGUGGCACUGCCAGCGGUCAUUUUGAUCCCUCCCUAUAUGCCGGUUAUUUAACUCCCGAAGCUUUCCAACAAUAUCUAGCACAAUUUGCUGGAGCCUUUGGACCUUAUGGCUAUCCCGGCUAUGGUCCAGCUCCCGUCUAUCCUGCCCCCUAUGCUGUACAAACUGGUUAUGAAGGCUUUUUAGUGCCCUCACCAUCCACUAGCUUAACAGCUAGUGGCACAGUUAAUUCCUCAAGCGGCAAUAUAUUAACCGCUCUCACUAAUCUCAUUCCUGCUCUAAUGAACUCUACUAUAUUCCGUGUAGUUGCCACCGUUGUAGGAGCUAUAUUAAUGUUAAUUUUUGGUGGUGCUGUUACGACUGCCAUCUGCAAUCUAACACCUCUAUGCGAUAUUUCCUUUAAAGCUGUUACAUAUCUGAGAGGAAAUGGUGCUGCCAAUAUGGGUCGCAUGUUGGCUGAAGAAAUGACACCCGAAAGAGUAAGACGUGCAUCGGAAUUUGUGCGCAGUGCUAUACGUAAAUAUACGGAAAUGCAGAAGGUUAUGGCAGCAGAGAAAAAUUUGAAUGAAUGAGCAAAAAUGGGUUUUGAAAAAC